AUGAUCGCUUUCAUUGUGGCCGUCCUCCUCUAUCCUGUCCUCAGUGUCACCCCUCCCACGGUGACCUGGAUAGGCCUCCUCCCUGAAGAGAACGCUACCACUUAUGUCAAUGCCAUGCCUAUCGGUAACGGUGCUUUAGCUGCUAAUGUAAUCGUUGACAAUAAGAAUGCUUCUAACCCUAUCAUAGCGCUGCUGAUAUCGGAUCAGAGAUCCUGGAAUGAGGCGGGGGAGUUCAUCAAAGUUGGAAAGGUCACUCUAGAGCUCACCCCCAACCCGUGGGGGACGGCCGACACUACCUCGAUUAAGCAGGUUCUCAAUACCUCUACAGGAAGUGUUAUUCUUGAAGUCGGCCCUUCCCCACCGACGAGGGUCGAAGCCUAUGUUGAUGCCCUCAAGGAUGUCUUAGUGGUGAACAUCUCCUCCCCAACACCGAUUGAUGUCUCGGUUGUCGCCGAGCUGCUACGCCCUAAGCCCUUCUCUAGGCAACCCUUGUAUCACUGCCGACCCUACAACGUCAGUGCCGACUUCUAUCUCAACGACUCUGGAGGAGUCAUCGGCUGGGCCCACGCCAACGUUCGCAGCGAUUACACCACUAGCAUUCUGGAAGCUCUCAACCUCGAGUCCCUCAAAGGGUCUAUUACCGAUCGUAUCGCCAACAGAUCUACUGCGGCUACAUGGCGCUUUGGAACGCCUAUGAUCGCGACCCUGUCUGUGGGAAAGCUGAAGACCUCAGAGCCAAGCCGGGACUUCUCCAUGGUCAUCGGUGUUGCCACCUCCGAGCAAGGUUUGGACCCUGCCGUUGCUGAGUCGAAGAGGCUCAUCGCGGAAUACAACAGCAUGACUGCUCUCGAGAAGCACAUGCAGUGGUGGGCACAGUUCUGGAACCGUAGCUGGAUCGAAAUCACCGGCCCUAGGGCUGGCGAGGUCAACAGUAAAAGUGCCCUCCAUCGCUACCUACAGGGUAUUCAAUCACGAGAGCCCAUCCCUAUCAAAUUCAAUGGAAUGCUCUUCACGGCUCAGAGAGAGGAAGUGGACUACAACAAGUGGGGAGGACUCAACUGGUGGCAAAAUGCUCGAAUGCCCUAUUACAACAUGUUCGCCAGUGGGGAUGCUGACAUGGUCGAUGCGACCUUCUUGCAGGCCUUUCUCAGUACGCUGAAAUACGCCGAGAUGAAGACCAAAGUAUACUACCCGAACAUGAGCGGUGACGCUGCAUACUGGGACGAGUACAAUCACCCUUUGAUCGGCAGUACGCAUCCAAUGAGCUAUGGUUGUGGUCGCGAGGGCAGGGCAUGGGGCAUGCCAGUUUGGUACUCGGUGGAUCCGCCCAAUCACUAUAAUCUUCAGGGAGGUCUUGACCUCAGCUUGCUGGCUUUAGACCAUUAUUCGUGGACACGAGAUGCCACUGUAUUGACGAGAAAUCUCCCUAUGGUCGACGCGGUGGUGAACUUCUUCGCUCAGUGGAGAACUGGACGUAAUGACAACGGUAAGAUGAUGAUCUUCCCUGGGCAAGCUCUCGAGACGUGGGUGUGUCUGGGGUACCAAUACAUGCAACCUGGACUCAACUGUACACUCAACGAUAUGCCCACUGUGGCUGGCUUACACGCUGUACUGGCUCGACUGGAAGCCUUGCCGACCGAGCUCACUACUGCUGAGCAACGACAAAGGUGGGCGGCGCUGAAGGCAGUGGUGCCACCACUACCAUUGACUGAUGCUGAAGUAGGAGGAGGCAAGAAGUUGGCCCCAUGUGAGGCGUGUGGCUUGGGACCAGAAAACUUCGAAAAUGCUGAGCUAUAUGCGGUCCAUCCAUAUAGGCUGGUCACGGCGAAGGAUGUUGGGGAGAAUCUUGAGGUUGCCCGUGCUGCUUAUAGAGAGAAAAGAUUCACCACUGAUGAUGGAUGGAAUCAGAAUGUGAUGGAUGCGGCCUUGCUUGGACUGGCAAUAGACGCUCAGGAGUUGCUGAUCGAAAGGGCUGCUAAGCCCGCACCAGAGGGUUAUCGCUUCACAGCGUUUGGACGACAAAUGCAAGAUUGGCAUCCCUCUUUGGACCAUUACUCGGUCAUGAGGAACGGCCUGAUCUACGCCUUAUUGCAGCCGCUGGACGAUGCGGAUGAUGGAAUGCUGCUCUUCCCAGCGUGGCCCUGUGAGUGGGAUGUGGACUUGAAGCUAUGGGGACCAAGACAGACUCUUGUACAGGCUAAGAUGGUCAAUGGUGUUGUCACGGAGUUCCAUGUGGAGCCUCAGAGCCGUAACGACUCCUUUUUUGACCGAUUCUCGCGAGUCUGUUUCACGGCGAUCAGUGAUGUAGUUAUCCACAGCUUUCUGGGGGCGUUAGCGGAAUCGGCGACAGCCUCGAUCAAGGGCGAAGACCCGACAUCAUCAGCCGACCAAGCGAUGGCUCUGAUGGAGUCGUUGAAUAAUGCUACGGUGAAGCCUCAGUGGGCUAGCGUGUUAUUCCCGGUACUGGUGGAUUUAUUGCAAGGCUUAAGGAAGGAAAUGGACGGCCCUAAGAGGGUGUUGCUCUUGAGGUCCCAUCCUGUCUGGGGUGGCCUCAUCGACUUCGUAUUUAAUACAGCGGUGAUGAGUGGUACUCCUAAUGAGCUGCUCUCGGCUACUGUGGCUCAUGGUAGAGUUACGAAGAAGGGAACGGUGAACACCACUAGAGCUGCUCUGGAUGCUGGUCUCGUGGUGGAGCAGUGUUGGCCAUUGGGUGCUGAUGGCGUAACUUCCGCUGCUACCGCUAGUAAUCCUUUUGCUGCUUCGGCUGUGCCCUCGGAGGCGACGAAGAGAGCGUCUCUGUUGCGGGAGGUGGUCAAGACUGUGCUGUUGGUACGGGCCGACGGUAGAGCUAUUGAGAAACCCCUCUUCAAGAGUUUGCUGCUUUUCACUCGGUCGUGUCUCCGUGUGGGUAACGGCCUCAACCGUGAAUGCCUAGAGAUGUACCAUAAGCUGACCUUGAGCGCGGAGGGGAAGAAUCAGAUGCAGUUGAAGAUGGGUAUGAGGAGGUUGAUGGAGAAGUUGGGCAAAAGGGUCGGAUGGGCAGACCUGGCGGCGGCUACACCUGAGGAGCAUCGCCCCUUGGUGAAGCAUGUCCAAAAGCAACUUGAACGUGAGAGGCGUCGGUGCAUUAUGGAACGCUCAGAGGCUGAUAAGCAGAGGGAGAGGCCAGAGGGUGGAUCGACGACAUCGGACGAGUCCUCUGAUGAAGACGAGGAGGAUGAGCGGCACCGAGUGGCGAAGGGCACUAAGAGUGGCAAGGAAAGGCGUGAGGGAAUCUGA